AUGAUAUCGCCACGACACAUUUUGAGCGCUUCUCACUGUCUAAUGAAAAAUUCAGCGGAAUUCAGUGAAAGUCUAAAACGGCUAAGGAGAGAAUGCGACGGCAAUGAUCUUAUUUUAUACCCAGACAACAAUGAGUUCAGCGUCAAAAACUCAUAUGGAGCGCUUCUUUCGGACAGAGUGUUCAAGAUCGUCUUCUCGAAUUACUGUUAUCCACAAGCAACCUUCAGAUACGAUGACAUGAUGAUAUGGGAGCUCAAAGAGAGUAUUCAACUUGAUGAUUACGCCUUCCCGGCUUGCAUUUCGAACAAUCUGGAAUUCCAAUCACUGGAUACAGAAGUCAGAGUGACUGCAUAUGGGCAUAAUAGUUGGGAUUUCCAUAAUUCUGAUGGUAAAGGAACCAGUUUACUGAGAGAUGGAACUUUCCGGAUCAUUGGUGGCUUCAAGGAAGGAAGGUUUAUUGCAAUCAGCGGUGAUAAAUGGGCAGACCAAAUACGACCGGGAGAUAGUGGAGGAAGUGUUAUUCAUUAUGUCAAUGGUCAGUACUACACAAUCGGAUCCAUCAGCACAGCCUCUCAAACAGACUUUUAUUCCGAAGCAACGUCUGUGUACGCUCAUUACAUUACAUAUUUCCCUAUGAUCCGUCUUCUUCUCAUAUUCUUUCUCUUUGGAGGAAUAUGGUGUGACCAUCGUCUGAGUCCGGAAGAAAAUCUAAACUUGAAAUCUUAUUGCGGAACGAAGCCAUAUCAUCCGAGAAGUCGCAAAAUUGCCGGUGGACAACCAAUUGAUGGCAAUGCAGCUCCAUGGGCUGUUCGUGUAGUAUAUACGACGCGAUUGUGUUCUGGGACAAUCAUUUCACCAAGACACAUUCUCACUGCUUCUCAUUGUCUUAUGAAAGAUAGAUCGGAGUAUGAUUACACACUUCAGAAAGCGAAUCAGACAUGCUCUGGUUAUGAUUGGAUUUUAUACCCAGACAGCAGUUGGUUCAAUAUUGAAAACUCGCACGCAAAACUUCUCUCAAACAAAGUGUCCCGGAUCAUUAUGAUGACUUAUUGCUUCCAACAAAAAUUCUUGUAUGAGAAUAUCCAACUUGAUGAUUACGCCUACCCCGCUUGCGUUUCGAUUCAAAUAACUGCAUAUGGUCAUAGCAGCUGGUACUAUGAUAACAACGACGGUCAAGGAACCUAUAUGCUGAGAAACGGAGUUUUUCAAAUCAUUCAUUACUACAAUGAAGGACGUUUUAUGAAUCUCAAUGGACAAAACUGGAGAGUCGAUACACGACCGGGAGACAGUGGAGGAAGUGUAAUACACUAUGAGAAUCGUCGAUACUACGUGAUUGGAGUGCAUAGUGGUGGCUACAAGGAUUUUGGGUCAGGGAAAUACCCAAUUAAUUCUGGGUCACAUUUUUCAAAAAAAUGGACACCGCGCAACCGAGAUCCGCUGAACGAAACACUUGCAGCUCAAAUUCUUAGCUGGGGAGAUCGUCCUCUGCAUGAGAACCAGUAUUGUAGAGCUCGUAAUAAAUUGAAUCACGAUAAAGUAUUCAUAGUGAUACUGUAUCAAUGA